ACUCCAAUAUUUCUACUCGAAACUUUUCAGAGUCUUCACCGAUGUCUCCAAUGGAAAAAUCUCAUUGUUAACUUUAAUUAAAUCAAUUAAUUAUCAUUUUUGAUUCCCCAAUCACUAGGAGUCCAUUCCAAGAUAAUCUCUCAGCCUCUUUCUCUCAAAUUCUCCUUCCCUGUAGAGCCUUUUCGGACUCUUCCUUGCCCAUAAAUUCGCGCCUCUUCCUCAGACUCAGACUCAGACUCAGACCCUUCUCCCUCUCUCUCUCUAGCCGUUGAUUCGUCGUCGUCUGUGAUCGUCGGUGAUGGCUGAUACCUCUGCAACUAACGGAACCCACGAGGUUGUUCUGAACGUCAAUGACAAAUCAAAUAAUGAAGACUCCGGCAUCUCCUUCUCCGUGCCUUUCUUGCAGAAGUUGGUCGCAGAAUUCGCGGGGACAUACUUUCUGAUAUUCGCCGGCCAAGCAGCGGUGGUUGUGGACAAAGGCUACGGCAACAAAGUAACGCUUCCUGGGAUUUCCAUCGUUUGGGGUCUUGUCGUUAUGGUUCUUGUCUACUCCGUCGGACACAUCUCUGGCGCUCAUUUCAAUCCUGCCGUCACUCUCGCUUUUGCUUCCACCAAACGUUUCCCCAUCAAACAGGUGCCAGCUUAUGUAUCAGUUCAGGUUCUGGCGUCGACGCUUGCGAGUGGGACUCUGAGACUCAUAUUUGAAGGAAGCAGAGACCAUUUCGCAGGAACAUUAGUUUCUGGGACGUAUCUUCAGGGCUUUGUGGUUGAGUUCAUCAUCACCUUCUACCUCAUGUUCGUCAUUUCUGGUGUGGCCACUGAUAACAGAGCGAUUGGUGAGCUGGCUGGACUUGCGGUAGGAGCAACCGUGUUACUUAACGUUAUGUUUGCCGGGCCGGUGACCGGAGCGUCGAUGAACCCGGCGAGAAGCUUAGGGCCAGCGAUCGUGUGGCACCAAUAUAAAGGAAUAUGGGUGUACAUCAUAGCUCCGGUGGCCGGAGCAGUGGCCGGAGCUUGGGUGUAUAACAUCAUAAGGUACACAGACAAGCCAAUACGUGAGAUCACAAAGAGUGCUUCUUUCCUCAAAGCUUCAAACCGUUGUGGUUCCUCCAAGUGAUUUUUGAUUAUCUGGAUGAUAGUAAAUCUUUCAAGUCACUGUCUUUUUUUUUGCUGAUUCUGUAUUUGUUCCUCUGGUUUCCGAGGGGGGCAAAAUGGUCUUUCUGAUGUUACUGUAGUUUCGUGAGGGAAUUAAGGAAAGGUCAGAGUCACGUGUAGACUCGUUAGAAGAUGUAUGUAAAAUCUUAUCCUUCUUGAUUAGUGUACCAAAAAAUCGAUAAUAUAUGCAUGAAUUCCCGGUGACGAACAA